AUAUACAGAUAUAGAUAUAUCAUCAUCAGCACAAUCUCAUGGUUUCUAGGUCAUGCAGGAUGAUCGCGGCUGUGAUUGUUACCGUUACUUUCUUACUUGAUUUUGGUGUCGCAGAAUUACCUCCAAACUAUACAUUCGUSCAUGAAGCAACAKAUGCUCCUAGGAUUUCAUUCUACGACUACAUCGUUAUUGGAGGCGGCACCACCGGAAUCCCAGUGGCCACCACCCUAUCUGCAAACGCGACGGUUCUGUUACUUGAACGUGGUGGCUCACCGUAUACCAAUAUCAACGUSACACKUGAAGCCAAUUUCGGUACCUACUUCUUUGAUACAUCACCGGAUUCUCCCUCUCARCGAUUYGUUGUAGAGGGUGUUAUAAAUGCACGUCCUCGUGUCUUGGGUGGUGGUACUUCAAUUAAUGCGGGCUUCUACUCUCGUGGCGAAGAACAAUAUCACAUAGAGGCUGGAUUAACCGAUGCAGACUUGAUCGAAGAAUCUUACCAAUUUGCAGAAAGCGUAAUGGUUUUUCCGCCYRCUCUUGGGGGUUGGCAGACCGCGCUUCGAGCAUCGCUGGUCGAAGCUGGGGUCACACCCGACAAUGGCUAUACCUUUGAACAUCUCGUYGGUACUAAAACUGGUGGUACUAUUUUUGCAAAUGGAACAAGACAUACAGCCGCAGAUUUGCUGCAGUAUGCAAACCCGGAGGGGUUGUCUGUUCUUCUACACGCAUCUGUUCACAAAAUCUUAUUUAAAACCAAAGCAGGAGAAUCAACCCCAGUGGCUUUUGGAGUUGCCUUUGAGGAUAAAUUUGGGAAUAUGCAUWGGGCAUUUCUAAAUGGCGGAGAGAGUGAUGAAAUCAUAUUGUCUGCAGGAGCUCUUGGUAGCCCACAACUUUUGAUGUUGAGUGGCAUAGGACCAAGAGAGCAACUCGAAGCACUUAAGAUCAAAGUYGUGCUUGACCAACCUUUAGUUGGUAAGAACAUGUCGGAUAACCCCCUCAACGGAUUUUUUGUCCCGGCUCUCGUUGACGUUGAAGCAUCCUUAGUCCAAAAUGUUGGUAUUACUGACUUUGGUAGCUACAUCGAAGAAUCCGGGGGCRUUAAUUUWCUCUUMGCAGAUAUUUCARCAUAUCUGGGCUAUGACUAUCGGUCAAACGGAUUAGCAGAAUUAAGCAAUAAGGUCAUUAUAAAUUCUAUAAUUAAAAGGCUUAUGGACGCAAAAGGUAAGUGGGCCGAAGAACUUUCAUCAGUUCUUCGGGCCAAUCACACGACCCCUCAACCUUCAACAGGUCAGAUUCCCUUUUCUUUAUUAUAUGGAUGUAAAGCUGUUUUACCGGUUGAAGUAAGCCUCCCUGUCGCACGACAUAUGAUUGUUGAUCAUAGCUCAGGCAACCUAGGUUAUGACCUCGACGCACUUGGAGAACUAAAGGAAUCAGCUUUAAUCAAAAUGCCUUCACAACAAGAAGUGGUCGCUCGACAUUUCAACAAAAAUGUGAAAGCAAAGAUAUUCGAAGAAGGCAACCACAUCUUACGACAUGUAUUCCCAAAUACAAAGGAAUCAAAUGCAGGAACUCACGAUCCGGAAGACAUGGUCGAGGAAAACUUACGACCCAUUUAA